CUUAAUCCUUUGAAAAGCGUGCGCCAACGAAUGCCACGUGAACUCAAUCUACUUUUCUGGUGGCUGACAAGCAACCGAGCAAACCACACUUUGUCGUCGUCUCGCCGUCACACCAUCCGAGAUUCGCAGAAAACAGAGGCGCUCCAAAACGGGGAAGUUUCUACCGUUGCGGUUGUUUUGCCUCCACGUACUUCGAUCAACGUUCAUGAUUUGAGCGAGUUCAUCUCAGGGGAGCGAGCGAUGGCUGGAGCAAUGCGAACCUGCGCGACGACGGCAUCACUAACAUCGCUUGCUCCGCCGCGAAUUGCUUCGGCCGCCAAUCGGCGCGCUCUUCCCUCGAUCCCGCUCCGACCCGCCAGCAGCAGGACUCCCAGAAGAGGCGUCUCGUGGUCGCCGCCGCCGCCGUCUUCGGUUUCGGACAUUGAGACGGCGGUCGUGGCUUCGCCGCCGGCACUGGAGCAGGAUUCUGCUGCGGAAGUGGUCAGGAGGUUCUACGGGGGGAUCAACAGUCGGGACCUCUCCGCCGUGGAGGGCCUCAUCGCCGACAAGUGCGUGUACGAGGACCUCGUCUUUCCCCGUCCCUUCGUCGGUCGCGAGGCAAUCCUAGAUUUCUUCGGGAAGUUUAGCGAUAUCAUAGGCACGGAUCUCCGCUUUGUAAUUGACGACAUAUCAGAGGAGGAUUCUUCCGGUGUAGGCGUCACAUGGCAUUUAGAGUGGAAGGGAAAGCCUUUUCCAUUUAGCAAAGGAUGCAGUUUUUAUCGGCUUGAAGUCAUCAAUGGAAAGAGACAGAUAAUCUAUGGAAGAGACAGUGUCGAACCUGCAUUAAAACCUGGGGAGACUGCCUUGGUAGCAAUCAGAGGUGUGGUAGGGCUACUUCAGAGAUUUCCGCAGCUGGCAGAUUGGUUAUAGGGAAAUUAGUGUGGCGAACUGCAAUAAGAUGAAUAGGCCCCCUCUAAGAAGUGAAGUUCUCUCGCUUGCUCAGUUCUCUCCUCAAAAGGGCGCUUUUUCGGCAGCGUCUACCUGGCAAAUCCCCUGUAAGCCGAGGGAGAAUUGAGCCGGGAAGCAUAUGUAGGUAUGUUUUCUGGGGAAGACCGUAAAAGAAAAACUUCUGGUGGCUUUUCUGGCCGAUUGUACCGUAAGUUGUUGCGACUCGAAAUAAUUCAGAUGAACACUCUCAUGAGAAUAUGCAGAACGAGCUAGAAAUGAGCAUGUACAGCCCUAAAUAGAUUCUCCAGAAGUGUUCAGCACUUUUCGUGUUUGUAAGCAAGCAUCGUGUGAUGGGUGUAUGUGCCCUUCUUCUGAGGGGACCAUGUUCUUUUAUCUAUGAGACCCCUUUGUCAUGUUC